AUGAAGGUUCAGCUGCAGCUGUUCUAUGAUGGGAGCUUGUUGAUAUCGUAUAUCAACCAUGCUCCUGAGGCACCAUGCCAGGCGGCGUUUGGAAUUUUUUCUGGCUCUCCAGUGUCAUUCGAUGAGGCAAUAUUCAAUGCAGAAAGCCCGGCCUAUGUGUCUGGAGACAUUUCGAAUGCGGACACCGGUGUGGAAUUUUCUGAGGAGACUUUCGAAGUGGUCCCAGCCCCGUCAUUAGGCGACAUUGACGCUGGAUCCAGCCAGGGGAAACCUGAGCCAAAGGGGCUCUCAGUAGAGGCAAACCCUUCGUUGGUGGCUCUGGGGGGCACCUUCACUGCGGGUUCAUUUCCUUUUGUCAAUUCUUCUGUUGCUUUUACUCCACUGAGCGACGGAGAGGCUACAGGGGUGGAAUACUCCACUUGCACAAUCCCAGAUGUGCGCCAAAGUGGCGAUCUGUUCGCUCUUGAGGCUGAAGCCGAAAGGGAUUAUGCUGCUAUCAUCUUGCAAGGGCACAAUACCUUCCCUUUCUUUGGAAGGAACUACUCUCGAGUUUUUGCUCACAAGAAUGGGUACAUAUUCUUCGAUGAGGACGAUCCUAGGUCUCUCGGAUCCGACAGCUGCCUCCUUGCAACAGAGGGAUCGCCGCCACUGAUAAACGCCUUUUGUUCAAACUACUCCGAACUUCUCUUUCCAGCAGACAAU